AAGAUUCUUUUUUAUUCAUAGGUCAAGGAUAAAUUUUAUCAUCUGAUCUUCCUGAGGAAACAAGAACAAUAUUGUUAGCCGCAGUCUCUCCUGGAAGACACUCCAUUCUGUUCACCUCAGCAAAAAAUGACUGCAUCACUGAUUGCUGCUGGCCUAGGAAUUGCUGCUGUCGGAUAUGUUGGACGUUACAUGUUGCGGCGAUUCCCCGAGGCUGGCAAGCAGUUUGCAGAGUCCAUCAAGCAACUGCCAAGUUCUCAGACGUUUGCAAAUAGCAAGUAUUACAGGGGUGGAUUUGAACCAAAAAUGAAUAAGCGUGAGGCUGCCUUGAUCCUGGGAGUGUCUCCAUCAGCAAACAAAGCACGAAUCAGGGAGGCCCACAAACGUAUCAUGCUGCUCAACCAUCCAGAUCGUGGUGGCUCCCCAUAUGUUGCAGCAAAGAUCAACGAGGCAAAGGAUCUCUUGGACAAAUAGAGAAAUAACAUCAGUGAAGCCAGGAUUCUGGCAGGCCUGACAAGCCUGAGCCACUGCCUCAUGUAGUCAGGAAAUAGCAGAAGUUUCACAGAAGUUCCUUGCCCCUUUAAUGGAAACGGCUGCUGCAAAUUUGUCACUUUUAUGCUGUGAUGUAGCAAGUCAGUUUCUAUUGAAUUUUGAUGCUGUGAUAUGAAGUGUGGCUUGAAGGCAUGUACACAUAUGGUGUUAAAGAAAGCUGCAAAGAACUUCAUGCUUUCUUGCUGUCUCAAGAAAAAACAUGAUGGAAAUAAAUAAAACUUUGUAUUGGA